UCUUUGGCUUGGUCUGUGAGAUAGAAAGACGGCUCUCUUUUUCCCCAGGGUGCAGAACUGGUUUUUGCGUGAGGUUCCAUUACCUCCUUCCCAUCCUCUCCUACCUUACCUUCCAACAGAAGACCAAAAGAAAGAGGGAGAAGGAAGGAACAACCUCUCAAAUAUUAUCUUCCUCCUCCUCCACAACGGAACCACAGCUCCAACCUACUCCUCAAUAAUUUGAUCUUUUGCCAAAGGUCUCACCUUUUUCUCCGCUUCCGAGACCAAUUUCUUGGCACUCUCCAAGCCACAAAAUCCAUUUUUUUUGGUCUUUAGAACUCCAUUUCCCCGUUCUGUCCAUCAUCUCCACAGGGCAAUCCUUCUUCCACUGCAAAGGCGCCUCCUUUUUGUGGAUUACAUUACUUCUUUCUUGGGUUCUUGCUCUCCUGAUAUCUUUGUCGAUUCGGGUGGCGGGUUUUGGACGGGGCUCAGAUGGAACCCUCAAUGCUGGGCUCAUCAUCGACGUCCCAGAAGAGAUUCCCUAAGCUUCGAGGUGUCCGAUGGCGCAUUGAUCUCGGAGUACUGCCGAGUUCGCUGUCGGCGUCUAUCGAUGAUCUUCGCUGUGCAACCGCAGAUGCCCGGAGGAGAUAUGCUAGUCUGAGGCGUCGUAUGCUAAUGGAUUUUCAUCUCCCAAGGGCUGUGGAUAGAACUCCUGAUCUUACCAUGGACAAUCCCUUGUCACAAAAUCCAGACAGCACAUGGAGUCGCUUUUUCAAGAAUGUGGAGUUGGAGAAACUAAUUGACCAAGAUUUGUCGCAGUUGCAUCGAGCACAUGGUAGCUACUUUCAGACACCUACAUGCCAAACUAUGUUGAGGAGAAUGUUAUUAUUGUGGUGUCUCCGGCACCCAGAGUAUGGAUAUCGACGAGAAAUGCAUGAACUUUUGACUCCUCUAGUCUAUGUGCUUCUUGUCGAUCUGGAUCACCUUUCUCAAGUGCAAAAAGCUUAUGAGAGUCAUUUUAGUGAAUUUGAUGAAAUGUCCUUCUCGGAAUUAAAUCAGGUCUCCGACAACAGAUUUAGAAGAUCUAUUAGUGGGGGCAUGGAGAUCGAAAAAGAAGGCAAUCAAAAUGGCAUUGCUAAAGUUCACAGUAUAGAUGAGCUUGAUCCUGACACCAAAGAAAUCCUUUUGUUGAGUGAUUCUUAUGGAGCUGAAGGCGAGUUGGGAGUUCUUUUAUCUGAGAGAUUCUUGGAACAUGAUGCAUAUAGUAUGUUUGACAGUUUAAUGAAUGGAGCACGUGGGGUGGUUGCUAUGGCCGACCUUUUCUCAUCAUCUCCAGUAGUGUUUGAAGUAUCAUCAUCAUUUUACUAUUUGCUAUCGAUGGUAGAUUCAACUCUUUACAGUCAUCUUGUUGAGCUUGGUGUGGAACCUCAGUACUUUGCCCUCCGAUGGCUGCGUGUUCUUUUUGGAAGGGAGUUUGACUUUGAUGAUCUUUUAAUGAUUUGGGAUGAAUUGCUUUCUUCUCCAAAUAGUAUAUGCAUAGACAAAGAUGCAAAAUACAGAUUCAAGAUCUUAUGUGCUCCUCGAGGUGCAUUUAUAGCUUCAAUGGCUGUUGCAAUGCUUCUUCAUCUAAGAUCUUCACUGUUAGCCACUGAAAAUGCAACAUUUUGCCUCCAAAGGAUAUUGAGUUUUCCCAAGAAUCCAGACAUGAAGAUUCUUUUAGAGAAGGCCAAAUCAUUGGAGAUCCUUGCUAUUGAUUCAAACAAGUUGUUAUCAUCAUCCCAGGAAACUUCUAACAAGAACAAGUUGGCCAUUACAAGAGGUUACAAUCUUUCAUCGGGUUCAAGUUCUGCUAGGACUGCACCAAAUCAAGUACCAGAUAGUUAUUGGGAAGAGAAAUGGAACCUAUUGCAUAAGACUGAAGAAACCAUGAUGAGAAGUGAUGGAUUUUUAGAUUCAAGUGGAAUGAAGUUUUUGGGUGAAAGAUCUAUUCUAUCUAGGACAGCGUCACACCCUUCUCCCGCAGAUGGUGGUGGGAGGAAGAAUAAACAUUUUUCUGUCAGACAUAAGCUGUUGGAUGAUUUUUCUCAAGAUAUUAAUUCUGUGGUGGAACAUAUGAACUCCAAACAGAGUAACUUUCUUGUUUCAAAUAACAUAGAAUCCUCACCCUUGGAAGUAAAUGCUGGAAACCAUUUCAUGGAGGAACUGAAUGAUGAUAAUAAUAUUAGACGAGUGACUUCUGACCGCACAGCUGAAGAGACAUGUUUAAGUGGAGAGUGCUCUUCAAUUUUCUUCAUAGCAACCCAUCAUAGCUUGAGCAAGAACAAAGAUAAUGACUCAGAUAAAAGUAGCAUCACCUCAAAUUCAUGUAUUUGUGACAAUGAUCAAGAGGCAUCUAUCAUGGAAGAACUUUGCUGCAGAAGUUACAAUAAUCAAUUAGUUAGAGAUGAUGAAGUUGUAUCAGCUGCUAAUGAUGAACCUAAAUCAGGACAAGAAUUUGUUUCAGAUGACGGAAAGCCACUCACUAGUAAAUUCCAGUGGUUUUGGAAGUUUAGCAGAAGUUCUGCUGAAGGAAACUUGGAAAAGGGAGGAAAUCAGGAAUCAGAAAGAUCCUCUGCUGCGGAAAAUACCAAGAACAGCUGCAGCACUCCAACUUUUGUUCAAACCAGCAAUUCCCAAGAUGUGAGCAAGAGGGGAGAUGUAGGAGACAACAAAGUUCUUGGCACUUUGAGGAUUCUUGGACAAUCCAUGCUUGAGAAUAUACAAGUGAUCGAGACAGUUUUCCAGCAAGACCGAGUCCAAUCCCUCUCAUUAGAGAGCUUCUCAAAUAACAUUCUUGGAGGUAAAGGUCAAGCUACCGCAGUGUCUGCCCUGAAGGAGCUUCGGAAGAUUAGCAGCCUGCUUUGCGAGAUGUAAGGCACGACUGUUGACAAGAUAAGGGGACUGCAGUUCAUUCUUUUGAUUUCCUGGCAUCAGGAACGAACUCGAAAGGUGUAUUCCCUGUUCUUCCAUCAUUUAGAAAUGUAUCCAUAGCUGGUAAGUGGAGAACAUCAUUAGAUACAUUUAGUUGAUUGGAAUGCGGUGAGCAUGUUUGAUA